UUCCGUCCCUUCACUUCCCCCUCUCCCCCUUCCUUCCUUCGCCAGACAACACACAUAUUAAUAUAAAUCGCGCUAGCUGCGUGGAUGCAGCGUAGCAAAUAGAUCCUUUUCUUAUCUCCCCAUUCCACCUCCUCUUCCUCCUCCUCCUCCUCCUCCACAAUCCUCGGACGAACCUUUUCGACCAAUCGAUGCCUUAUCCUCCUCCUCACAUAUCGAUCGACCGGAGAAGAAACAAGAAGCAACUCAGCAAUUGAUUGGAGGCGAAGGAUAUAGAGUGAACUUACAGUGAGAGGUCGGCAUGGCGGGCAAUGAAUGGAUCAACGGCUACCUGGAGGCGAUACUGGAUUCCGGGGGCGCGGUGGCGGACGAUCAGAAGGCCGCGUCGGCAGCCGCGCCGGCCCCGGCGCCGGUCGGCGUCCACUUCAACCCCACCAAGUACUUCGUCGAGGAGGUCGUCAUCGGCGUCGACGAGACCGACCUCCACCGCACCUGGAUCAAGGUCGUCGCCACCCGCAACUCUCGCGAGCGCAACUCCCGCCUCGAGAACAUGUGCUGGCGUAUCUGGCACCUCGCCCGCAAGAAGAAGCAGCUGGAAUGGGAGGAUACUCAAAGGAUAGCAAGCCGACGAUGGGAGCGGGAGCAGGGUCGGAGAGAUGCCACCGAGGACAUGUCGGAGGAUCUGUCGGAGGGCGAGAAGGGCGAUGCGGUGGGUGAGUUGCAACAAAGUGAUACACCCAGAAAGAAGUUGCAGAAGAAUGUGUCUGAUCUCCAAGUCUGGUCUGAUGACAACAAAGAAAAAAAGCUCUACAUUGUGCUCAUCAGCUUGCAUGGCCUAGUUCGAGGAGAAAACAUGGAAUUAGGUCGGGAUUCAGAUACUGGUGGCCAGGUGAAGUAUGUGGUGGAGCUUGCUCGAGCACUAUCGAUGAUGCCCGGUGUCUACAGGGUCGAUCUUUUCACUCGCCAGAUAACAUCCCCUGAUGUGGACUGGAGCUACGGGGAGCCUACGGAGAUGUUGACAUCAGGUUCUUAUGAUGCAGAGGGGAAUGAUGCGGGUGAGAGUGCUGGAGCUUACAUCAUUCGGAUACCUUGUGGCCCGAGAGACGAGUACCUGCGCAAAGAGCUUCUUUGGCCAUUCCUGCAAGAAUUUGUAGAUGGAGCUCUAGCACACAUCCUCAAUAUGGCAAAGGUCUUGGGAGAGCAGGUUGGUGGAGGGCAUCCAGUGUGGCCCUAUGUGAUCCAUGGCCAUUAUGCCGAUGCGGGUGAUGUGGCUGCUCUUCUUUCUGGGGCCUUGAACGUUCCCAUGGUCCUCACAGGCCACUCUCUAGGGAGGAACAAACUGGAGCAACUUCUCAAGCAGGGCCGUCAAUCGAAAGAAGACAUAAAUGCAACUUAUAAGAUCAUGAGGCGCAUUGAAGCAGAGGAGCUCUCCUUGGACACGUCUGAGCUUGUCAUCACAAGCACAAAGCAGGAGAUUGAUGAGCAAUGGGGAUUGUAUGAUGGUUUCGAUGUCAAGCUUGAGAGAGUGCUAAGGGCACGGGCUAGAAGGGGGGUCAACUGCCAUGGCCGACACAUGCCAAGGAUGGUGGUGAUUCCUCCUGGGAUGGAUUUCAGUAGUGUAGCAAUCCAGGAAGACACAAUCGAUACCGAUGGAGACUUAAAAGAUAUUAUUGGUGCAGAUGGAGCUUCACCUAGAUCAGUUCCGCCUAUAUGGGCCGAGGUUAUGCGUUUCUUCACAAAUCCUCACAAGCCUAUGAUCUUGGCUUUAUCAAGGCCUGAUCCUAAGAAGAACAUCACCACCCUCUUGAAAGCAUUUGGAGAAUGCCGACCAUUGAGAGAGCUCGCUAAUCUUACCCUAAUUAUGGGGAACAGAGACAACAUAGACGAGAUGCCUGCAGGUAAUGCUAGUGUCUUAAUAACAGCAUUGAAGCUAAUUGACAAGUAUGACCUAUACGGAUAUGUGGCAUACCCAAAGCAUCAUAAGCAGUCUGAUGUUCCAGAUAUCUACAGGCUUGCGGCAAAAACAAAGGGAGUUUUCAUUAAUCCUGCUCUAGUUGAGCCUUUUGGUCUUACCUUAAUUGAGGCGGCUGCGCAUGGACUCCCUAUGGUGGCCACAAAGAAUGGAGGUCCUGUUGACAUUCAUAGGGCAUUGCAUAAUGGAUUGCUUGUGGAUCCACACGACCAGAAGGCUAUAGCUGAUGCACUUCUGAAGCUGGUUUCAGAAAAGAACCUGUGGCAUGAGUGUAGGAAAAACGGAUGGCGAAAUAUUCAUCUCUUCUCAUGGCCUGAGCAUUGCAGGACAUAUCUCACUAAAGUGGCUGCUUGCAGGAUGAGACAUCCACAAUGGAAAACAGACACCCCCACGGAUGACAUGGCUGUUGAGGAGUCUUAUGGCGAUUCUCUAAGGGAUGUACAUGAGUCAUCACUUAGGCUUUCGGUGGAUGGUGAGAAAAGCUUGCUCGGUGGUUCCCUUGAGUUUGACCCAGUUGAACUAGAGAAGGUUGGAGCUGGAAAGAGUGACGCAGAGCUGCAAGAUCAAGUGAAGAGAAUCAUGAGCAAGAUCAAGAAACAGGCACCUGAACCACAGGGUGUCGACAGUGGCAAGAAGCAGAGUGAGGUUUCAGGAUCUACCAUUAACAAGUACCCUCUUCUCCGAAGGCGGCGGCGGCUAUUUGUUAUAGCUGUUGAUUCUUAUGACAGCAGCGGUGCUCCUGAUAAGAAGAUGCUGCAGGUAAUACAGGAGGUGUUUAGGGCCAUCAGAUCAGAUUCUCAAAUGUCGAAGAUUUCAGGCUUUGCUCUCUCAACUGCCAUGUCCAUUUCAGAAGUUCUUGCCUUAUUGAAGUUAGUAAAGAUCCCUGCAACAGAUUUUGAUGCUCUUAUAUGCAGCAGUGGGAGUGAAGUUUAUUAUCCAGGCACUGCUCAGUGCAUGGAUGCAGAUGGAAAGUUGUGUGCAGAUCCUGAUUAUGCCACACACAUUGAUUAUCGCUGGGGAUAUGAUGGUGUGAAGAGGACAUUGACAAAACUGAUGAACUUUCAAGAAGGUAAGGAUGAUAAAGCAUCCGAAAAGUCCACUACCAUCAUAGUGGAAGAUGCAAACUCCAGCAACCCUCACUGUGUUUCAUUCUUGGUCAAAGAUAAAACCAAGGCAAAGCGCGUUGACGAUCUUCGUCAAAAGCUCAGAAUGCGAGGACUCCGAUGCCAUCUCAUGUAUUGCAGGAACUCUACAAGGUUGCAGGUUGUUCCUCUGCUGGCAUCUCGAUCUCAAGCAUUGAGGUACUUAUUUGUUCGAUGGGGCCUUAGUGUUACAAAUAUGUAUGUGAUUCUUGGAGAAGGAGGUGAUACAGAUCAUGAGGAGCUCAUAUCAGGAAACCACAAGACUGUGAUCAUGAAAGGGAUUGUGGAGAAGAGCUCUGAGGAGUUGCAGAGAACUGCUGGGAGCUACCAGAAGGAAGACAUAGUUCCAAGUGAGAGCCCACUCAUUGUCUAUACUGACCAUGGAAUUGUUGCAGGGGAGAUCAUGAGUGCACUAAAAGAAGCAACCAAAGCUGCCUCCGGAAUGUGAACGAUUAAUGAGUCAGUAAUUUUGCAAAUGAAUAAUGUCUUUUAACUUGUAAAUGCAAUCAGAUGCCCUCACAUUGAAGUUUAUUCAUGAUAUAGAUAUAUGCCAAAAGAAGUCAGAUCUCAUGAACAUAAUGAGAUCUUUAAACAAA